AUGUUUGAAGGACUUGUUCAUCGCGUUCUGGUCGGUUAUCUCGGCCGUUACUUCAAAAAUAUCCAAAAAGAACAGCUUAAGCUCAGUCUCUGGAACGAGGAAGUAUUAUUGGAGAAUGUGGAUUUGAUUCCAGAAGCUUUCGAUUAUCUCCGGUUGCCCUUUUCUAUAAAGCAGGGUCGGGUUGGGAGGUUAAGCAUUAAGCUUUCGUGGAAAAAAAUUGGGUGGGAUCACCCCAUUAUUAUAGCUGUUGAAGAUGUAUUCAUUUGCUUGUCCCAACGGGAUGAUCAAGAGUGGAAUUUGGAUGCAGUUGAAAGACGAGAAUUUGCUGCUAAAAAAGCUCAACUUGCUGCUGCAGAGCUUUCAAAAUUGUCAAAACGCAUAUGUGGUGAGCUGUUUGUGCUCCACUUUCAAGCACUGGUUCUUGAUAGCAUCCAACUUUCAAUUAGAAAUUUUCAUGUCCAAUACAGUGAAAGGCAGUUUGACUCGGCACAGGUUUUGUUCGGGUUGCAGUUUUCCAACUUGACGGUAAAGCAAAAUCUGGUUGGAAAAGUGUUGAAUAGUGAUAAUGUUGUGUUUGCUAUGGAAUGGAAAAAACAGGUUGAAGUGUUACGAUCAUUUGGUGGGAAGGUGGUAGGCGGCCAAGUAAACAAAACUGUGAAUAUUGAAGGUUUGGAAAUUUAUUGUAGCACAUCAAAAGGAGAUAUUGAUUCAAUGAGUUUGGAUGAUGUUUUGGACUCUAAAUUCCGACUUAAUGCAAGACAUGGAGGUUAUCAGUUUGACUACUUAUUACAGCCACUCAAUGUAUCAGUGUCCCUUGGGGUUAACAGAGCAGGAAAGCUUGACAGUGAUUUGCCCCAGUAUUCAAUCCGGGCCGACCUAAAUUACUUGGCUAUGUCUUUAAAUGAGAUUCAGUUGCAGCAAAUAUUGAUUUUAUCAGACUACUUAAGCACAAGCAGUUUGCGGGAGAAGUAUGGACGUUACCGUCCCUGGGGUUGUCCUCUAUCAAGAAAACAGGAUGGAUGGCAAAGAUUAUGGUGGCACUAUGCUCAAGAAUCCAUUCUGGCGGAUGUUCGAUUGAAGUUGAAGAAAACUUCAUGGAGAUAUUUAGGACAGAGACUGAAUUCAAAGGAAUUGGAGCUCUUUUGUUCUGAGCUCCUUGGUUCAAUCUUCCUGGGUGUAAUUAAGUUCCAUGUCAAUCUAUUCUCUGCUGCAAUUGAUGAAUAUAUUAUUCGGGAGUUGGAGCAAAUGGAGAAAGAAUCUGAUAUAGAUGAUAUCCUAAGUUAUAGGUCGGUGGCUGAACGUAAGCUUCAGGAAGUUUUGUCAAACUCUUUAUCUUCAAAUAUGGAAGUUAAUGGUACCCAUAGUUUCAUUGAGAAGUCACAAAAUGAUGAACGCUCAUCAAGCAGGUCCCGUGGAUGGUUGAAUUGGAUCUCCCGAGGCAUGCUUGGUGCUGGUGGAACAGAUGAUUCAAUUCAGUUCUCUGGUGUGGUUUCUGAUGAAGUUGUAAAGGAUAUCUAUGAAGCUACAGAGUUCCAGCCAUCUUUUUUAUCUGGUGGGGAUGUUGAUGCAAAUUAUAAGAUGUUUACAUGUGCAAUGAAGUUCAGUGUAGGUCGCAUUACUGCAACACUGCAGAGCAAGAGGUCUUCUGAAAAUAUUGCUGACCUGAUUUUUAAUGAGUUUGUCAUUGAAUGCAAGCUUUGUGAAGAGUUGGCAACGAUUAUUUGCCACUUUAGACACUUCAAGCUUGUGCUCAUAAUGCUUCCCUUUGGAUUGCUAGUUCUGUACCUAGGCAAGAAACUUCCACUCAAGUCCCUUAUGGAGGAAAAUGUUCAGGAAGAUGAACUUCCUUCAUGCAGACUUCAAGUGGACCUGUCACCAAAGCGGGAUGUUGAAUUGUCAAUAAAGGUUAUAGUUCAACCACUGGAAGUUACUUGUGAUGUAGAGUUUUUUCUAAGUCUCAGCGAACUCUUUACUGUCCUAAAAUCCUUUGAAUUUCAGCUGGAAAGGGUUCUGUUGUCACUAAAUGGGAUUGAAGAUGUCAGGACUCGCCUAUUGUCAAAAGUGGAGAUUUUAGACUUUGGUGCCUAUAUAAAGAACCACCCGAGUAAGAACUUUGACAUCUAUGGCACUGUUAUAUACAUCUUAUCAAGUCAUAAAAGGCUAAGUUGGGAUGUUAGUGUCAUCAAUAUUGUAAUUAAUGUUCCAUGGAGAAAAGCAAUGCCACAAGAAUACAACUUGGUUCUGAAAUUGGAGUCUCUUUCUUAUACUUCUAAAUUUGAUGUGGAUUCUAUUGCUUCUGUUAUUGAAGAUCAAUAUUCUAUCCCGAAACAGUUCAGCUCAGUUUCAGCUUCUAAUAGUUUGACGGGGUUCCAAGUUAAAGAUCUCUAUAAUUACUAUGAGGUCAAACUAAAUGACAUUGAGUUAAGUCUCAUUACCCUUCAACAUGCUCAAGCAAUCUCUAUCUUGGAGAAAUUUUGUGCUUCUGUUACUCUGGCAUCCUGUAUCAUUUCUGAUCAAUCAGUAUUGAAACAAUUGGAGAAUUUCUUGAAAAACGGGUCUCACUGGCCAAAAUCUUUUGAAAUGAAUCUAAAGAGGGGACUUGCUAUCUAUGGAACCAUGUCAAGAGGCAUGGUUUAUGUCAAUUUGUCAGCACUUAAUGCAAGCUUUUCUCCACUAGUAUAUGAGGCAGUUGUGGCAUUUAUUUCACAUAUAGAAAAUCUUUGUUCAAGGUCUGAACCAGUGAUGCUAAGAAACCCCAAUUCACUUGAUGUCAUUGCAAAUCAACCUGGGACUUCUGGUUUUGGUUUCGGUUUCUCUGUUUCUACAAGAUUGGACUUGGUCAGUUUUUGUUUUGACCUCGCAAAUGAUGGAGAAAAUAGCUCUCAAUUCGUCUUCUCUCUUCAAGGAUUAGAUAUCUGGUUUUCUCAUACCCAAUUUGACGAGUGCUGGGUUUGUACAAAAGCAUUAAAGAUAGUAACUUCCCCAUUGAGAGGUGAAAAUGACGGCCAUAUUUUGUGUUCAUCUGGGAAGCAACUUUCUUCCAGUUCUGCAAAUCAUGAAGACUUGGGCAUCCGACAUGGCAGUCAGGAUGAAAAUUAUGAACACUCAUGCACUGAUGUAUGCUUUCUUUUGCACUAUGAAGCAUACAGAACUGCAGAUACAGCUGUUAAAAAGUGUACUGUUGGCUUGAAUGACAUUGAUUUCCAUUGCUAUCCAUAUAUAGUCGGGUUAUUAGUUGGGUUUUAUAAUAAAAUAUCUGCUUAUGGCUCACCCUUUGCUUCUGACAACUCAUUUAGCCUUGCUACAGAUGCUAAAAGUCCUAAAGGAAUGACUGGUUUUGAGUUUGGAAGAUUCGGUUACUCAAAUUUCAUUGAAACUGGGUCUUCCGAUCAUGCUAGCAUUUCUUUGGAUUACUAUCCCUUUGUCACUCUCUGCAACUCUGGUUCUCUUGGCAGCCUAGAGAGUUCACUUCGUUACCCUAUUGCUGACUGGAGGAAAUUAUUUGAUUUAAGGGAUGGAAAAAUUAGAAGUACAAAAUUCUGUUUAAAGAAUGGAUCUAAAACUUUUAACGCUUCACCAUUGACAUUCGCAUCUGGAGUGGAUACAUUUUCUGCAUCAGGAAGUAUUUGUGAUGCAAAUUUACUUAAUGUUGACAUAAAUCUUUGUGGAGUCAGAGUGCAUUUCCAUGAUUCCUCUUGCAUUGUUGGAACUGUUAUGGUACCAACCUUGAAAUCUUCACUGUCAAUUUAUGAAGACUCUAUGGAUUUGCUGUGUUCUGCUGAGGGAUUGUUUCUCACAUCAUCUUGGUGGACAAAAAAUUUUCAAGAGUUUCUUUGGGGCCCCUUGUUACCAAAUCUGUCUCCCAUUCUAAACUUGCGUGUGAGAAAAGGGAAUUUUGGAUCACUGCCUUCUGAACUUGAAGUCAGCAUUGGUAUUCAGCAUGUAUACUGCAUGUUGCCUCCAGAGUAUUUAGCCAUUAUAAUUGGUUACUUUUCAUUGCCAGAUUGGAGUUCAAAUCUGAGUGAGCAGCCUUUUACUGAAAAACAUGAGCGUAUUAAUACAGAAAAAGAGAGUCUCGUAGUAUAUAAAUUUGAGAUACUGGACUCCACUUUGAUUCUGCCUGUGGAACAUGAUGACCAUCAGUUUCUGAAGAUAGAAAUUCAACAGCUUUACUGUAGUUUUAUUGAUAAGUGUGCUCCAAAUGAUGCAGUGAUGAGUAUUCCUCCUGAGUAUCUGGUUUCAGCACACAAAGUUGCCAAAGAAAAUCACUGUUUGAAUAUGUUUGGAAGGGACUUGUCCCUAUCCUUCCUGUUAAGGAGAGAGGAUGAAUAUGGUUGCUUAGUACUUGAUCAAGAUACUGGAUGUUGUAAGAUCACCUUAAUUUCACCACUUAGUGCUGAUCUUUGGGUUUGGCUACCUUGUGAGAAUGAGUCCUGUUCUGAAAGCUCUUCUGUUUCCACAUGCAUCAUAUCAACAAUUACCGACUGUCAAUUUAUUGCUGAUGACUGCUACAGUUUGGAUGGACUUGAGGCACUGCUAGAUGUCGUAGAUCAGUUUUCUUCAGUUGAUGAUCAGUCCAAAAAUUUUGACUCUGAUGUUUUGCACUUUCUUCGGUGGAAGAGGAGCCAAAAGGAAAGUUUUGCAGUUUCACCUGCUGCCUCAGGCAUUGAGUCUUUGGAGGUUCGAUGUUCUGUUGAUUCGUUGUUGAUAAAAUUGUGUCAUUCAAGAGAAGGCUCAACUCUGCCGGAACCGAUUGCCAAGAUUGAUGUGAAGUUUAAAUGCUCAGCAUCUUUGGUAAAUGAGACAAUCAUGGUCUUGGACUUUGGUUUUUCAUCUUUAGGACUAUAUUCACUGCCUAGUUCUGUGAUGUUAGCACGAUGCAAUGGCAGUUCAUCUGGCUCCUUAGCUCUUCAUUUUUGUUUCUUAAAAUCUGUUGAAGGUGAAAAUGAACUUAAUAUUUCUCUUCCUUCUCUUAGUAUUUGGCUACACCUUUUUGACUGGACUGGGAUCAUUGGUCUUUGUAAUUUUUAUGCUAAAAGAAUGGCUGAAAGUGAACUGGUUCAGUUACCAUCUAUGAGUUCAUCCCAAGAUCUGGUUGAUCCAACUGAAACUGUGAUACAUGACGUUUCUCGAAACUCUCCUCAAAAUAUCAGCAUGCCGACUUCUUAUGUUCCAAAGUAUGCGGAGCAGGACUCUAUUUCCCUUCUUGUGAGAUCAGAAAAUAUUGGCCUUACAGUUCAUUUUCCUUUCUGUGCCACAGAAACUAAACCUGCUGAAAUACAGGCAGCUAUAGUUCAAGAAAGGAAGCCUCAAGAUGUCACAUCUAAUACAAUAGAGGGGAAAAACGAUAAAUUUAUCACAUUUACUACACAUAGUAGAAGUACUAUUGAACUAUUGGUUGGUAAAAUUGUGACAUUGAAAUAUAGUUUGCAGAAGGCCUGUGGCACUGUGGGAACAGGUGAGGAUGAGAGCAUUACCACUUGGCCUCUCUUUGAGACAUCACAAGUUGUUGUGUCAAUGGAGAUUUCUAACAGCCAGCUGGAGUUUGUUGAUUUCAAUUGGGGGUUACAGUGUGACCGGUUAGAUGUGCAGCUCUCCCAUCAAGUACUCUGCUUCUGGCAUGGUGUACGGUUAGACAUUCCUGAAGCAGGAGCUUCUCGUUCUUCAUUUGUUCAUAUGGAUUUUAAAAUCCAGUUGCGAAAAAUUUCCUUUCUUGUAUCUGAUGAAAGGUGGAGCUUUGGUGGACCUCUGCUAGAAAUUGCUUUGAGGAACUUUCUAUUGCAUGCUAAUGUGACUGAAAACAGCAUGGAGAGCUCAGUUGCAAGUAACCUUGAAGUGAACUACAAUAACAUUCACAAGGUCUUGUGGGAGCCAUUUGUUGAGCCUUGGAAGUUUCAGAUAAACAUGAUUAGAAAACACGAGAUGACUGCUCAUUUGAACAGUUCUAUUAUGACAGAUAUCGAUCUCACAUCAACAAUGCAACUUAAUUUGAACUGCACUGAAUCUCUUAUUGAGACCAAUUUCCCUUUGAAUAUGACACUUGAGAUGGUUAAUGAUGCCUGGCAUGUGUUGGGACCAACUGAUCCAUUUGAAAACCAGAGGUCCUUAAGUAGUCAGUUUUCUGACAAUAUACGUGAAGGCAGUUAUGCUCCCUAUGUGCUUCAAAAUUUGACUUCCUUGCCUCUUGGAUACCAUGUUUUCAAAGGGCUGGUUAAUGCUGAUGAGUUUGAUUUCUCUGAAAUGAAAGAUGCAAAAUCUGUGCAACCAGGUUCUUCUGUUCCUAUUUAUCUUAAUGAAACUCCGGAGGAGCAACUGUUUCGAUAUGGCCCUGCUCAGUCUUCUGACAGGCUCAGUGAGAAGCAAUCAAAUGGAGUUGUUCAUCACUUCAUGAGCAUUCAGCUUGAUGGGAUGUUUCUACCUUCUCCUCCUAUUUCAAUGGAUCUUGUAGGGCUCACCUACUUUGAGGUUGAUUUUACUAAGGUUUCAAAGCGAACAGAAGUGGAGAAAACAGGGAAUGUUUCAAAAUAUGAUAUGGACCUUGAAGAGAAUGCUAGAUUCAAUACUGAUAGUGGUUUUGUUGUUCCUGUUGUCUUUGAUGUUUCAGUGCAACGCUACACCAAGUUAAUACGAUUAUACUCAACAGUCAUACUUGCCAAUACAACGUCAGUGCCGCUGGAGUUAAGGUUUGAUAUCCCUUUUGGUGUGUCCCCGAAGAUCCUAGAUCCAAUAUAUCCGGACCAGGAGUUGCCAUUGCCUUUGCACUUGGCUGAAACUGGUCGAAUGCGGUGGCGUCCGCAUGGAAAUUCUUACUUGUGGAGUGAAGUACAUGACAUUUCAAGCAUUCUUUCACAUGAAAGCAAGAUUGGAUUUCUUAGAUCGUUUGUUUGUUAUCCAUCUCAUCCAAGCAGUGAUCCCUUUCGCUGUUGCAUAUCGGUUCAAAGUUUUAGCUUGCCUUCAUCUAGGAAGCUGAAGAAAGGAUCAUAUAACACUUUGAAGCAAUUAGUUGAAAGUUGCAAUGGUGAUCAGAAGAAGUCAAAUAAUCGUUUCAUUCAUCAAGUAACCUUAAGUGCUCCAUUACUAGUGAUCAAUUAUCUUCCAGAUGAAGUAUCAUUGGCAAUCGAGAAUGGUGGAGUUACUCGUACUGUGUUGCUCUCAGAGGUGGAAACUUCUUUCCAUCAUAUCGAUCCUUCACAUGACCUGGGACUGGAGUUCUGUAUUCAUGGAUUCAGACCUUUGACUUUGAAGUUUCCACGUGCAGAAACAUUCGGUGCAAUGGCUAAAUUCAAUGGAACCAAGCUCUCGUUAACUGAGACUGUUUCCAUUAAUUCUGAUUCAUCUAAUGGUCUGCUAUGUGUUACAGUGGAAAAGCUGAUGGAUGCAUUCUCUGGUGCACGAGAACUAUUCAUAUAUGUUCCCUUUUUGUUAUAUAAUUGCACUGGUUUUCCGCUCAAUAUUUCAGAUUGCAACUCAGAAAUGAAAGGAAGUCAUUUUACUGUCCCAUCUUGUUAUGUUUUGGUUGAAGAUGAACUUAUUCAAGGCAAAAAAGAUGGUCUUAGCUAUUUGUCUUCUGACCAGGAUUUGCUUUCGAGAGCUACCCAGAUUGUCAGUUCAGGGAGUUCUUCCUUGAAAAAUCACAUUGCUAUUCCCAGGAGGGAUGCUACUUUGCAUCUUGGGACAUGUGUUAGCAAACCUCAGAUUUUAUCUGGUUCCUCUGGACCUUUCCAAGAGCGAUCAGACAAACAUGAUUUAGUUUGUCAAAAGGCUUCUUUGGACAAGUGUUCAAAUACUUACUCAAUUGAUACUAGACAUGGAGAGGUUAAAGCAUGCAUGUAUUCUCCCCAUGGUGUUUCUUCUGUUAAUGAAAUUAUGGUAAGAGUAAGUAGGCACGAAUAUGUCAUGGAAAAUUUUUCAAAUUCCUCAUGGUCAACACCGUUUCUUCUCGUUCCACCAAGUGGUUCAAGCACUGUUCUUGUUCCUCAAUCAUCAUCAAAUUCUGCACUGAUAAUAUCUGUGACUGCUAGUGAUGUUGCUGGAUCAUUUGCUGGGCGAACCCAAGCUAUUGCUUUCCAGCCCAGGGAGUUAUUGAUUUCCAUAUGUUUUGACGAACCGGGAUGGGAGUGGUCUGGCAGUUUCUUGCCAGAUCAUCUAGGUGAUACACAAGUGAAAAUGCGGAAUAAUGCUGGAGUGCUAAGAAUGAUAAGGGUGGAGGUACAGAAUGCUAACGUUUCCAAUAAAGAUGAAAAGAUCAUUGGAAGCCUUCAUGGGAAUUCUGGGACAAACUUGAUUCUCUUGUCAGAAGAUGAUACGGGUUUUAUGCCAUACAGAAUUGAUAAUUUCUCGAAGGAGAGGUUACGAGUUUACCAACAGAAAUGUGAAAAUUUUGACACUAUCAUUCAACCUUACACUUCUUGCCCAUAUGCAUGGGAUGAACCCUGUUUUCCACAUCGUCUCACCAUUGAGCUUCCUGGAGAGCGUCUCAUUGGGUCAUAUGCUCUUGAUGAUCUGAAAGAGUACAUACCAGUGCAAUUGAAGGCAACUGCAGAAAAGCCUGAAAGAACAUUGCUUUUGUCUGUCCAUGCUGAGGGAGCAAUAAAGGUGCUCGGCAUUGUCGAUUCAAGUUUCCAUGUUUUGAAUGAUUUUAAAGAUCCACCACCUCAGUGGUUUCGAGAAAAAACUAAACAUGAACAGAAACAGAAAGAUGUAUUUUAUUACAAGGAGAAAUUCUCGGUUGCUAUCCCAUAUAUUGGUAUCUCCUUGAUUAAUUCUUAUCCUCAGGAACUGCUUUUUGCAUGUGCGAAGAAUAUUAGCCUCAAUCUUCUUCAGAGUUUGGAUCAACAAAAGAUUUCCUUUCAAAUCUCGUCAUUGCAAAUAGAUAACCAGUUGCACACAACACCAUAUCCUGUUAUUCUGUCCUUCAAUCAAGAAUACAGAAGCAGCAAAGCAGGCCAGAGAGUCAAGGAUGACAGUGUUAAAUCAAAGAGUGAUAUAGUAUCGCAAAGGUCUCGUGAGCCUAUACUGUCCCUAGCUGUUGCAACGUGGAGGAAGAAAGACAUCUCCUUGGUUUCAUUUGAAGUGGCAAAUUUUCGCCUGGAGCUUGAGCAAGAAGUUAUAUUAAGAUUGCUUGACUACUGUAAAGCUGUUUCUUCAAGGUUCCAGAGCAAUGUCUUGCCAUUUUCAGAUCCCAAACACCCACCUCUUCUAUGUGAUGCGGGCUUCAUUCAUGCUCAGACUCGUGAACACUUCAAAACAAAUGAUAGCCAGCUUCUUGCCAUCAACUUAUCUGCAUUGAGCAAGAGUCAAACCAGUAGUGCAGCACUAACUUCAGUAGUUCCAAUUGGAGCCCCUUGGCAACAUAUUUCCUUUUUGGACCGGAGGCAGAAGAAGAUCUAUGUAGAACUGUUUGAUUUGGCCCCCAUCAAAUUUACUUUGAGCUUUUCUAGUGCUCCGUGGAUGCUGAGAAAUGGAGUUCUUACAUCAGGAGAAUCCCUUAUUCAUAGAGGUCUUAUGGCUCUUGCUGAUGUUGAGGGUGCUCGAAUUCAUCUCAAACAGUUGAGAAUUGAACAUCAGAUGGCCAGUUGGGAGUCCAUGCAGGAUAUCCUCAUCAGGCAUUACACUCGUCAACUUCUUCAUGAGAUGUACAAGGUGUUUGGUUCUGCUGGUGUUAUUGGUAACCCGAUGGGAUUUGCAAGGAGUUUAGGCCUCGGCAUCAGAGACUUUUUAUCUGUUCCUGCCAGAAGCUUUUUGCAGCUGCUUUUACAGAGCCCCACUGGACUGAUUACAGGCAUGGCACAAGGUACCACUAGUCUUGUGAGUAACACAGUCUAUGCUUUAAGUGAUGCUGCCACCCAGUUCAGUAAAGCUGCUCAAAAGGGUAUUGUUGCAUUCACAUUUGACGACCAGUCCGUUGCAAGGAUGGAAAAGCAGCAGAAAGGUGUUGCUUCACACAGUAAAGGUGUGAUAAAUGAAGUCCUUGAGGGGUUAACAGGUCUCCUUCAAUCUCCAAUAAAAGAAGCUGAGAAACAUGGUCUUCCAGGUGUCCUCUCAGGAAUUGCCUUGGGGGUUGCAGGGCUUGUGGCAAGACCAGCAGCUAGUAUUCUUGAGGUUACUGGAAAAACUGCACAGAGUAUCAGAAAUCGAAGUCGGCUAUACCAAAUGGGACCGCAACGCUAUCGGGUCCGGCUGCCUAGGCCUUUAAGUAGAGAACUUCCUCUGAGGCCUUACUCUUUGGAAGAAGCAGUUGGAGCUUCAGUGCUCAUGGAGGCUGAUGAUGGCUUGAAUCUCAAGAAUGAAGUGUUAGCGAUGUGCAAAUCACUUAAACAAGCUGGUAAAUUCGUUGUUGUCACCGAGAGACUCUUGUUGAUUGUUAGCUCUUCCAGUUUGGUAGACUUAACAAAGCCUGAAUUUCGAGGUGUUCCCAUUGAUCCAGAGUGGUUAGUAGAGUCAGAAAUUAGUUUGGAUGGUGUAAUCCAUGCUGAUGCUGUGGAAGAGGUCGUACAUAUUGUUGGAACCGGUUCAGAUGCCUUAUUGAAGCAGAACCAGCACCAGUCUAGAAAGGGUGUCCUGGCAAGGACAAAGAGCUGGAAUAAUCCAACUUCUCUCCCGCUUUCCCUUACAAAUUUGGAAUUGGCAUCCAUGAACGAUGCGAAGGAAUUGUUACAGAUUUUGUUGUCUAUAAUUGAACAAGGCAAAGAACGGAGAUUAGGCAGUGGACAUGUUCUGCAUCGAACGGUGGCUAUGAUUGACACUGUUGAUAGCAGCGGUGGCAGGUGUGGCAGAGGUGAUAAUGAUGCCUUGGUGGUUGGUGAAGGCAUGAAUAUAAGAGCCUGA